CGGCAGAAAAACAAUAAUCAGCUGAUGCCAUCGCUUAUUUCCAACAAUUUGCACCGCAAAAGUGAAGAAUUACCAAGCAAAUAGAUCGCCUGCCGACCGAAUUAUGCUGCUGUAAUCACCCAAGCACACAACGGUAAAGAUAAAACCAGGCGAGAUAACACCACGCACAGGUGCCACAACAUGCUGUCCUACAUAAAGCGCAAGCUCUCCGAAUCCGACAGCGGCGUCAGUUCGGUCGCAACUGUGACGUCGUCGUGCGGCGGCGAUAGUGGGAGAGCGGGCGGAACGGGCAGCAGUGAAAGCGGUACGGGCAGCAGCAGCGCCAGUAUCAGCGGACGCAGCCAGAACGCCGACGAGUUAGUGCGCAAAACGAGCCAGAUGUCGAUGGAUGAUGAGGCCAUUGCCUUCGGGGAGGACGCACUGCUCCAUGAACUGGGCUACAAGAAUCAGACGGAACUGCAGGAAACCAUCUACGAUCUGUUGCGCGGCAUUCGCGAUCCCGAGAAGCCGUGCACUUUGGAGGACCUCAACGUUGUCUACGAGGAUGGAAUCUUUGUGAUGCCGCCCACGCGCUCCAAUGUCUCAGUUGUUCGCAUCGAGUUUAACCCCACAGUGCCACAUUGCUCGUUGGCCACGCUUAUUGGACUCUGUAUACGCGUGAAAGUAGAACGCGGACUUCCGCACAACAUAAAGCUAGACAUAUACAUCAAGAAGGGAGCGCAUCAAACCGAGGAAGAGAUUAACAAGCAAAUCAAUGACAAGGAGCGCAUCGCUGCGGCCAUGGAGAACCCCAAUCUGAGGGAUUUGGUCGAGAACUGCAUCAAGGAUGAGGAGUAGCUCUCUUUGCCAUAUCUUUUGUACAUAGGGAAUACUUUGAGGAAUGUCUAGGAUUAAGUGUACCAUUAAGUUGCAUCAGGGAGUGUGUGCUUAGCAUUAAAGCCCUUAAAAUCUGUUAAUCGCUCGGCCGUUUUGAUUCCACCAGAAUAUCGAUUGCUCAACGUCCUAUCUAUUUUCCCGCCUAUGCUGCUUACUGAUAAGGUCCCCCGGGCCCAACAACUCUCAUUGUUUACAUUGUGCCGAAGCGAUAUGGCCGUCGGACAUUCGGCCCAAGAAAACCGUGUGCACAUCGGUGUCAUGGCGGGUGAAUGAAUCUGAAUCGCAAUCGUAUCGAUGGGCCGGCCAUGUUGGGCACCAGCCAGACGGCGUGUACGUCACACGGAUUUAUCAGCUUCAGAAGAGUAGAGAAUGUUUGGGGCGUAACGCAGGGUAAUCACCUGCCGUUGGCGCUGUUAAGUUGAGUGCAUGACACACAUUCGACUCAACUCGACUCGGCUAAUUUCUUUGCAACUCUCCGGUUUCAGUGAGCACUUUGUUGCCAUGACUGUCGCUGUUUCUGCUCCAAUUUGCAUUUCCGGGGUUUUCCAUUUGUUAAAUUGCACUGCACUUCCGCUCAUUUCGCUCUUACUGCUCCCCCCACCAAAGUGGCAAGCCAUAAAUAUUAAGCAAUAUCAAUUAGUUGCUUGCCAUCGCGCUCAAAAUGCUUUAAACUAAUUUCCAAAGACUUAGGCAAAAAACAUCCCCACCAGCAAUUAAAACCAUCUGGCGCUGCGAACUUUUUGCCAUGACACCGCUGGCCAAUAUUCACGGAAUGGAAACCGGACCAGAGCAGACCCUUCGUGCCCCUAAGGCGUGCCGCGUGCCUCAGAAGGCGAGGGAAAAAUAAUAAAAAUGAAUGCGCAGACAAAAGCAUAUUGCGAAUAUUACGCUAAUUGGCGACUGCAAUCAAAGCGGACCUCGGCCUGGACACGUCGGCCGAAAGGAAUAGGAGUGGCAGACACUAGCUUCUCCCAGCCUUCCAGCAGCCGUGUCGCCAGCCUGACCAUGACCGAAGCCAU